AGUUCAGGCUCGAUUGACACACUUGAGCCACUCGGUGCCCUCACUGCAGAAACACAGGAGCUGAGGCGCUUUCCUUUGAAGUGGCCCCUGCUUGUAGGAACACCAUCCUUAAAGCAUUCAGCGUGGGAAUUUGAUUAGCUAUUUUCACUCCACACCACUCGGAGAGCUUGUUUUUGGGCGACAUUUGAGGCUGAAGCUUGACCUCAUAUAAAUAUCAGAGGUAUCACCGGGCUGAGGGACAUUCAGGAUCUGGCAGCUGAGGAGCAGUUUUGGAUUAAAGCCAUGGAUGUAGCCCAGUCUUUCCUUGUCCUCCUGUGUGUCCUCCACCUGACCUUGACUGGAGUUUUGGGCAAACACGUCGAUCACAGAAACCUGUUCACACAGAGAGUGUGCUGCAAGAGACAGAGCCACUUUGUGUACAUCGGACAAGACAUCUCGGGCAGUCCUGUCAGUGUGGAUGUGGGGAUGUGCCGGUCACACUGUGGGGGAGUGUCCAGAGCGUCCCUUGAAGCAGGACAGCAGGAAUAUUCAAAAUAUUCCUCCAUGCUGGAUUUUCUCAGAAGCAAAAAGAUGAGGAGUCGUGGACCUGCAGCUGCAGAGAGCCCCGAGCCUCAGGACCAGCUGCCCUCCUGUGGGCUCAACCACGUGUGUGAGCCCACGGGGAUGCGGGUGGACCGGGUGCUGCUGCAGGAGGGACACCAGCAGGUGGAGGUCGUCGAGGAGUGUCACUGUGAGGUCAAGCUGACCCAGUGCAUCCGUGUCCCCGCACUGAGGACAUAUUACUCCGAGACUCCGUAUGAGACCGUGAUCGACGUGGGAGGAUGCUCCCGGUCCAAAGGCUCCCCAGAGGGAUUCUCCUGUGUCCCAACCAAGUUUGACUCCGCUUUGGUGGAAACCCCCAACAAAGUGGAUCUCAUCCAGACCGUGGUGGCAUGUGAGCUGAAGGAAAGCUGCUACAGGGUCUCACAUGUGGAGUAUUACUAUGAAAUAGUCCACCACGCAGACGGGAUCAAGGAAGAGAGGCUUAAAGUGAGUGAAAUAGAUGUGGGCAGAUGUUUGGGGGGCUGCACUACAGGGAACCGUUGCCUUCUCAGGAGUCCAUCUGAUCCACAAACGUGCCACUUAUGGGCGGAGAAGCAGUCCAGCUCCUGUGUUCCUCAAGGCCACGAGAGCCACAGCUUCAUCAACCAGCACGGACAGUCACGCACAGUCCUCUCCAUCACUUCCUGCCUUUGCCAAAACUGAACACUGCGCCUCCUAGUGGAAAACAACAUGAUCUGCAGCCCACUGAAACCAAUACUGUGUCAUUCACUGAGGACUUUUCUACUCUAAAGUAUUAUUGUAUGAUAUGUAAUAUAUGUAAAAAAUGAUAAUUUUGUAAAUAAAUUUAAUACCAACAUAUA